AAGCAGCAGCUGUCUAGUAUUUAUUUUCGAGAAUAAUUUGGAAAUCUAAACGAACCCGUACAAUAUGGGUGAAGAAGAUGAAUACGCUUGUGUUAAUAGAGCUCAGUUAAAAAUUAAGGACACGACUGGAAUCAAAAAGAAAAAGAAGAAGAAGUCUAGUAAAGAGAAGGAAAAACUGAUGGAAAACGAAGUCAAACAACAAAUACAACAACAACAAACUACAAAUACUGUUGUAAACACUAAAACAAAGGCUGAGAUGGCGUUUCAGAAGAUGCAGGAGAAAAUGCAAAGGCAGAGGAUUCAACAAAAAGCUGAAAUGACUCAUAAGCAGAGGGUGGAGAAAUUCAACCAGCAUCUAGACAGUCUCACUGAACACUUUGAUAUACCUAAAGUAUCUUGGACUAAGUAAUAAGGAUAUUAUUAUAAGCAAGCUCACUUGUGGCUUCACAGGCAUUCCCGUUGGAAGUAUCCUAUCACCUAAGUCAGCUCAUACCCUGUCUGGACACCAAGAUUUUAUUUUCAAAUUCAAGACUAAUUAAUAAAACUGCAAUUGUAUUUAGAUGUAUCUAGAUGUAAGUUAUUUUAAUAUAGAUUUAAUUUUUAAA